AUGCUCUACGCGGCAUCUACCACAGCGGCGCGGCGGCCACGACUUGCCGAGCCACGCCCGAUGCCCACUGCCACAUCGCCGUCGGGUGGCACACCCGCCGGCUCGCGAGGCGAGUCAGCACCGCGCGGGGCGGGUGGUCCCUCCGAGCCGCACCACAGGGCCCACCGCAGUCGUCCUCGGCGAUCGGUGUCGCCGAUCUUGUCUAGACAAGACGUCCUGAAGGCAGUGUGCGACCGCCUCGAGCACACCGCCCAGUUUAUCUAUCCUGGCUCCGUUGUCGUUUACGAGUUCCUUAACGAUGCACAGGAGUGGCACUGGGCGUUGGGGACGGUGCAGGAGGUCCACACACACACUGUCACACUAGCGGAGUGGAGUUGCCAGCAAGGCGGCGCGAACGAUGGAGUGAUGAGAGCACUGAAAAAUGAGAGGAGUCGGGUCCAGCAAGAGCUAGAAGAUCACCAGGCAAGCAUCCUCGCCCUCAGGGCAGAGCUUGGCGCCGUGCGCACACGCAACGAGGCUGACAUGAAUGCCACCCGAGAGGCCAUCGAGGCGCGUCGCCGCGAGUUGGAGGCAAGAGAAGGCGCGCUUCUUGUGUGUCGUCAACGCGGCGUGCCUCUUCAACGCACCCACAAAGACGGGUACGGCGCCGCUGACGAGAGCGACAGCGCCGACGAUGUUUUUUUGGCGGUACUGCGAGCGGCCCUGAGCAUUGUGGAGGACUAUUUUCCCUCUACGCAACUUCCAUGGCCACAGGUGUGGGCCACCGUCAGUGACCCGCUCUUCCUGCAUCGCUGUAUUGACUACGACGUCGGCUACGACAUGAGUUUCCAGCAGUAUGACGAGAUUGAAGCGCAUUUCUUCGGCUCCGGCGCCAUCACAGAAGCGAAGGUGCGCAGAGCCAUGGCCUCGAUGGAACAACGGAUGCCCGACGCCGCCGAAUUCCUCUGCACUGUCGCCAACUGGCUCUUCACGCAGCUCGCCGCCUUCCGUGUGUAUCAGCAGUGCGCCAGCACGCAGUCCCACGCUGACAUGCUCCAGCAGCGACUCACGCAUCAUGUGAACGCGCUCAAGGCGACCGCUAGAAAACUGCGUCAAGUGCAAGCGCAGCUGCGCGUGUUCAGUGGCGCCCCGGACACCUUGAGCAGCGCCACACGCUCUGAGGUGCAGUUCACGUUCGUUCCCGCACAAGGGAUUGCCACGGACGUGCUUCGCUGCGCUAUUAUUUGCCCAGUACCAUUGCACUCGCGGCGGCAUCCAGGAACGCGAGUAACGGCAGCACCGACGGCAACAGCGUCUGGCGAAUCGAAGUCACCAUCCUCGAUGAACAAAGGUGCUGCGGUGAUGACCGCGACGACUUCGUCCUCAGGACAUCCAUCGUUGAAUCUCGACGCCUUAAGCAAUCGUGAUCGCGUCGGCAGCGCGGCUGCCCCUUCUGACUCCGCAAGGUCACCACACCACCAUAGGGAACAGGUGCGGUCGACACCUUGCUCUCCAUCUGCUUCCAUCAUUCCUGUUCCAAACGCGGAAACGGAGGUUGUCUUGCUGGGCCACAAGGAGCUCGAGGAGAUAGCUGUGCGUGCAGUGCACUCUCGGCCCGAGCUGUAUCAAGCCGUGGAUGAUCUCCUGCAAGAGUGUGGUCACCAUAAGCGGGAUGCACACCACGCACGUGCGCUGGCCUCCGACCGCGCUGAUCGUUGCCGAGGACGGCGCGAGACGGCAAAGUCGCACGCUGAAGGCUUUGCAACAGCUACGGCUUGGGACGCGGCCCCCGGGCCCACUGCCGUCUCCAGUGGCCCCUCCACCUCGGUGACGCUGCCAACCUCUCAUACCAGCCCUGCGGCAGCGGCACGAAACAUGCCGACUAUGUUGUCUCUCCCCGGGUCAAAGGACGCAGCGAGCCAAAGCGACGAUGGGGGCGGGGUGUACGAAGAAGAGACCGACGCACGCGCGUUUCAAGCAGCUCUACUGGUCCUCCAACAACAGCUACAGGAGGCGCGUCGCGAGAAUGAGCAACUACAGCGGAUGCUCGUGCGCGAGACGGAUCGACACGAGUCCGUAGAGGCUGAGCUGCAGCGGCAAAUGCGGGACGCUCGCGCUGACCAUGAGGACGCACGAAACCGACUAGCUGACGCCACCAUACGCGCAGAGGCUUUGCAGGUUGAGUGCGAAGAUCUUGAUCGCGACAGGGAUCGCGCAACACGCCGCAUCAGUGCCUUGGAGGACGAGAUACGUGCUCUUGAGUCGAAGCUUCCUAGCGCCGCCUCCGCUGUCCCAGCUUCACCAACCAAGACCUCCGCUAAGGCCGAUGAAGGCACCGCGGAGGUGGACAACCGCGUUGCUCACCUAGAGGCUGAGUUGGCAUGGCUACGCAGCAGCAGAGAGCGAUGGAUGCCACAUAGCUCGCAGCACUCUGAUCCCGCUGACGGCGUCGUGACCACUCACCACCACAAGUGCCUCAACGGUAGCGGCUGGAAUGAUGCUCUGCAGCGACAUCCUGCCGAGCUUCGCCGUGCUGCAGCCACCGACGCAGCAGCGGUCUGCCAUGUAGUGGCCGCUGCUGUUACUGGGGUGCACUUCUCAGAUGACGGGAGUCGAGUAGAGUUCUACGUGGAUCAUCCAAGCCAGGUGCCUAAGCCUCAGCUUGAUGAUCGCAUCCACGACACGCCAUUCUACGAGUGCGAGUACAUCCUCCGCCACUGCUCCAGUCCAAAGACCGGCGAGGACCUUCUCGCGCAGCAGCUGGCGGACAACAACGCUACCAUCGCGGACCUAGAAACACGACUUGCUAAGGCUUCAUCGACACCGGCUCCGCAUCAACUUCCACCUGCCGAGCUCGCUCAGCAGGAAAACCUCCUCCAUCUGCAGAAACAGCUGCGCAGAGCUGCGGAGGAGAUUAAAGAGCUGAACUUUUACGAUCAGCGCCGAAAGAAGAGUGGCAAUGGUCAGGCUGUCGCGACGAUGCACUCAGUGAGGUUGCCAGGAGAGGACUGGAGUGUCGUGGUGCAGGAGCACCCUGAGGCGCUCCGCGAGGCUUUCAUUGCAGAUGUGAGCCACGCAUGUCACGUCACCCGCGGCGAUGUGGAGCACGUAGCGUUUGAGAUGGGAAGCCUUUUGGCAACGGUUAGAGUACAACACGACGCUGAUGCCACCAUAAUGGAGAUGGACCGCCGCUUGCAAGAGUACGACUACCCCUUGACGAUGGAGCUGUACCGGUUGCGCCAGGGGCCCAAGCGCGGAGCUGAUGCGGCGCUUGCGACUGUCGCCCAUCGAGACACGGAGAUCGCUGACCUGAGGGAGCAGCUGCGCGAGGCGGAGGAGCGCGCGCGGGACGUGGAGGCGCAGCAGUCGGACAGGGACGCCGAGAUCGACCGUGUGAAGGAGCUGCUCAGCAGCUCGAUGAGAGAGGCCGCCUCUAGUGGGGAGAUGCUCGGUGCGCUGGAGGAACAACGAGAGGAAGCUGCAAGGGAGAUGCGGGGGCUCAGAGAGCAGCUGGCCGUCGCUCAGGUUCGACGAGAGGCGCUGGACGCCGAGGUGGCUGACCUGAGGGAGCAGCUGCGCGAGGCGGAGGAGCAUGCGCGGGACGUGGAGGCGCAGCAGUCGGACAGGGACGCCGAGGUGGCUGACCUGAGGGAGCAGCUGCGCGAGGCGGAGGAGCGCGCGCGGGACGUGGAGGCGCAGCAGUCGGACAGGGACGCCGAGGUGGCUGACCUGAGGGAGCAGCUGCGCGAGGCGGAGGAGCAUGCGCGGGACGUGGAGGCGCAGCAGUCGGACAGGGACGCCGAGGUGGCUGACCUGAGGGAGCAGCUGCGCGAGGCGGAGGAGCGCGCGCGGGACGUGGAGGCGCAGCAGUCGGACAGGGACGCCGAGGUGGCUGACCUGAGGGAGCAGCUGCGCGAGGCGGAGGAGCAUGCGCGGGACGUGGAGGCGCAGCAGUCGGACAGGGACGCCGAGGUGGCUGACCUGAGGGAGCAGCUGCGCGAGGCGGAGGAGCAUGCGCGGGACGUGGAGGCGCAGCAGUCGGACAGGGACGCCGAGGUGGCUGACCUGAGGGAGCAGCUGCGCGAGGCGGAGGAGCAUGCGCGGGACGUGGAGGCGCAGCAGUCGGACAGGGACGCCGAGAUCGACCGUGUGAAGGAGCUGCUCAGCAGCUCGAUGAGAGAGGCCGCCUCUAGUGGGGAGAUGCUCGGUGCGCUGGAGGAACAACGAGAGGAAGCUGCAAGGGAGAUGCGGGGGCUCAGAGAGCAGCUGGCCGUCGCUCAGGUUCGACGAGAGGCGCUGGACGCCGAGGUGGCUGACCUGAGGGAGCAGCUGCGCGAGGCGGAGGAGCAUGCGCGGGACGUGGAGGCGCAGCAGUCGGACAGGGACGCCGAGGUGGCUGACCUGAGGGAGCAGCUGCGCGAGGCGGAGGAGCGUGCGCGGGACGUGGAGGCGCAGCAGUCGGACAGGGACGCCGAGGUGGCUGACCUGAGGGAGCAGCUGCGCGAGGCGGAGGAGCAUGCGCGGGACGUGGAGGCGCAGCAGUCGGACAGGGACGCCGAGGUGGCUGACCUGAGGGAGCAGCUGCGCGAGGCGGAGGAGCAUGCGCGGGACGUGGAGGCGCAGCAGUCGGACAGGGACGCCGAGGUGGCUGACCUGAGGGAGCAGCUGCGCGAGGCGGAGGAGCAUGCGCGGGACGUGGAGGCGCAGCAGUCGGACAGGGACGCCGAGGUGGCUGACCUGAGGGAGCAGCUGCGCGAGGCGGAGGAGCGCGCGCGGGACGUGGAGGCGCAGCAGUCGGACAGGGACGCCGAGGUGGCUGACCUGAGGGAGCAGCUGCGCGAGGCGGAGGAGCGUGCGCGGGACGUGGAGGCGCAGCAGUCGGACAGGGACGCCGAGGUGGCUGACCUGAGGGAGCAGCUGCGCGAGGCGGAGGAGCAUGCGCGGGACGUGGAGGCGCAGCAGUCGGACAGGGACGCCGAGGUGGCUGACCUGAGGGAGCAGCUGCGCGAGGCGGAGGAGCAUGCGCGGGACGUGGAGGCGCAGCAGUCGGACAGGGACGCCGAGAUCGACCGUGUGAAGGAGCUGCUCAGCAGCUCGAUGAGAGAGGCCGCCUCUAGUGGGGAGAUGCUCGGUGCGCUGGAGGAACAACGAGAGGAAGCUGCAAGGGAGAUGCGGGGGCUCAGAGAGCAGCUGGCCGUCGCUCAGGUUCGACAAGAGGCGCUGGACGCCGAGGUGGCUGACCUGAGGGAGCAGCUGCGUGAGGCGGAGGCGGAUGUUGCCCGUGGGGAAGGUGUGAUCCUAUUGACCACCUCAGAGGAAUUGCAGAGGGCGGACCUGUGGCGUCGAAUGUUGGAGGAAGCGCUGUGUUUGUCGGAGACGUGGACAGGGCUACUCGUUGUUUCGUACGGGGAACGUCUAAGUAGUGUAGAGCAGGAUCACGAGCUUGCCUCAAUGGAGUGCACCGACAUGCUUGAGAGGCUGGAGGAGUUCGUGAACUUGCUGGAGGCGGCCCGAGCGGCAGAAAUGGCUGCUGUAGAGUCUCGCGACGACUGCGAGCGCGAGCUGCGCGCACUUCAGGAUCGAUAUGAUCGGGAGGUGGUCGCAAAACAGCGACUUUUUUUGCAGCGCGAGGGAAGAGCGGCUGAGGGGGUAUCAGGUAUCCCUGCGUGGGCUGCAUAUGAUGAAGACAGCGGUGCGCAGCGUGGCAGUAGUAUUGGCGACAGUCUGAGCCAUCCUGACCACGGCGGUGAUGGCGGCGGUCGUUCUCUGCCCGUGUCGCGGACUGCCCGGGACACCACCUCCGAAGGGUUGAGGAAGCAGUUGGAGCAACUCAAGCGCGAAAAGGAGGCACUUAUGGAGGAGCUAGAAGCGAAGGGUAUGCGCUACCGCGAUGCACUGACGCUGCUGAAUCAACACAUCAGUCAGCUCAUGGAAGAGCUCAGCUUGCAUCUGCGCGAUGGUGUGACAUCGGCCAAUAAUGCCCGCUCGCUGCUACUUGAGAUUGCCGAGCUGCGGGCGGCUCAGGAGCGGACCGGUGCGUCGGCCAAAGGCGGCAACGCGAAUCUCAGCAGCGGUGAGCCUUCCGUAGGUGGCCGCGGAUCUGUUCUCUGGGGUGGUGGUGGUGGUGAUGGUAGCAGCGGCGCCUUGGCACCUCUUCGUUAG